GCCACGGAUGCGGACGAGGGCGAGUUUGGGCGUGUGUGGUACCGCAUCCUUCACGGUAACCAUGGCAACAACUUCCGGAUCCAUGUCAGCAAUGGGCUCCUAAUGCGAGGGCCCCGGCCCCUAGACCGGGAGCGGAACUCAUCCCACGUUCUUAUAGUGGAGGCCUACAACCAUGACCUGGGCCCCAUGCGGAGCUCCGUCAGGGUGAUAGUGUACGUGGAGGAUGUCAACGACGAGGCCCCAGUGUUCACGCAGCAGCAGUACAGCCGCCUGGGGCUUCGCGAGACGGCGGGCAUCGGCACGUCGGUCAUCGUCGUCCGAGCCACGGACCGAGACACUGGGGAUGGUGGCCUGGUGAACUACCGCAUCCUGUCAGGCGCGGAGGGGAAGUUCGAGAUUGAUGAGAGCACGGGGCUUGUUAUCACCGUGGAUCACCUGGACUACGAGACCAAGACCAGCUACCUGAUGAACGUGUCCGCCACCGACCAGGCACCCCCCUUCAACCAGGGCUUCUGCAGUGUCUACGUCACUCUGCUCAACGAGCUGGACGAAGCUGUGCAAUUCUCCAAUGCCUCCUACGAGGCUGCCAUCUUGGAGAACCUGGCACUGGGCACCGAGAUCGUGCGGGUCCAGGCCUACUCCAUUGACAACCUCAACCAGAUCACCUACCGCUUUGACGCCUACACCAGCGCCCAGGCCAAAGCCCUCUUCAAGAUAGAUGCCAUCACGGGUGUGAUCACCGUCAAGGGCCUGGUGGACCGGGAGAAAGGUGACUUCUACACCUUGACGGUGGUGGCCGACGACGGCGGCCCCAAGGUGGACUCCACCGUGGUCUACAUCACUGUGCUGGACGAGAAUGACAACAGCCCCCGGUUCGACUUCACGUCCGACUCAGCCGUCAGUGUGCCCGAGGACUGCCCCGUGGGCCAGCGCGUGGCCAUUGUCAAGGCCCGGGACCCCGACGCCGGCAGCAACGGGCAGGUGAUCUUCUCCCUGGUCUCUGGCAACAUUGCCGGGGCCUUUGAGAUCAUCACCACCAACGACUCCAUUGGCGAAGUGUUUGUGGCCAGACCCCUGGACAGAGAAGAGCUGGGCCACUACAUCCUCAAGGUUGUGGCAUCCGACCGUGGCACCCCUCCACGGAAGAAGGACCACAUCCUGCAGGUGACCAUCCUGGAUGUCAAUGACAACCCCCCGGUGAUCGAGAGCCCCUUUGGAUACAAUGUCAGCGUCAACGAGAAUGUGGGCGGGGGUACCGCUGUGGUCCAGGUGAGAGCCACUGACCGUGACAUCGGGAUCAACAGCGUCCUGUCCUACUACAUCACUGGGGGCAAUGAGGACAUGACCUUCCGCAUGGACCGCAUCAGUGGCGAGAUUGCCACGCGGCCUGCACCACCCGACCGCGAGCGCCAGAGCUUCUACCACCUGGUGGUCACUGUGGAGGACGAGGGCACCCCUACCCUGUCGGCCACCACCCACGUGUAUGUGACCAUCGUGGACGAGAACGAUAACGCGCCCGUGUUCCAGCAGCCCCACUACGAGAUCUUACUGGAUGAGGGCCCGGACACAAUCAAUGCCAGCCUCGUCACCAUCCAGGCACUAGACCUGGAUGAGGGGCCCAACGGCACAGUUACCUAUGCCAUCGUUGCAGGCAACAUCAUUGACACCUUUCACAUCAACAGGCACACGGGCGUCAUCCGUGCUGCCAAGGAGCUGGACUACGAGAUCAGCCAUGGCCGCUACACCCUGAUCGUCACCGCCACGGACCAGUGUCCCAUCUUGUCCCAUCGCCUCACCUCUACCACCACGGUGCUUGUGAACGUGAAUGACAUCAACGACAAUGUGCCCACCUUCCCCAGAGACUAUGAGGGACCAUUUGAUGUCACCGAGGGCCAACCAGGACCCAGAGUGUGGACCUUCCUGGCCCAUGACCGGGACUCGGGCCCCAAUGGGCAGGUGGAGUACAGCAUCGUGGAUGGAGACCCUCUGGGGGAGUUUUUGAUCUCUCCCGUGGAAGGGGUGCUGCGGGUCCGGAAGGAUGUGGAGCUGGACCGGGAGACCAGUGCUUUCUACAACCUGACCAUCUGUGCUCGAGACAGGGGGGUGCCCCCGCUCAGCUCCACGAUGCUGGUGGGGAUCCGGGUGCUGGACAUCAACGACAACGACCCCGUGCUGCUGAACCUACCCAUGAACGUCACUGUCAGUGAGAACGUCCCCGUCUCCAGCUUCGUUGCCCGUAUCCUGGCCAGUGACGCUGACAGCGGGUGCAACGCCCUCCUCACCUUCAACAUCACUGCAGGCAACCGAGAGCGGGCCUUCUCCAUCAACGCCACGACAGGGAUCGUCACUGUGAACCGGCCCCUGGACCGCGAGCGGAUCCCGGAAUACAAGCUGACCAUUUCCGUGAAGGACAACCCAGAAAAUCCACGCAUAGCCAGGAGGGACUUUGACUUGCUGCUGGUCUUUCUCGCGGAUGAGAAUGACAACCACCCCCUCUUUACUGAGAGCACCUACCAGGCGGAGGUGAUGGAGAACUCUCCUGCUGGGUCUGUAAUGGUGAAAUCCCCCCUGAACCGGGAACUGGUCGCCACCUAUGAGGUCACUCUCUCAGUGAUUGACAAUGCCAGCGACCUACCAGAGCGCUCCGUCAGUGUGCCAAACGCCAAGCUGACGGUCAACAUCCUGGACGUCAAUGACAACACGCCCCAAUUCAAGCCCUUCGGGAUCACCUACUACACGGAGAGGAUCCUGGAGGGGGCCACCCCAGGCACCACGCUCAUCGCUGUGGCAGCCGUGGAUCCCGACAAGGGCCUCAAUGGGCUGAUCACCUACACCCUGCUGGACCUGAUACCCCCAGGCUAUGUCCAGCUGGAAGACUCCUCAGCAGGGAAGGUCAUUGCCAAUCGGACAGUGGACUAUGAGGAAGUACACUGGCUCAACUUCACCGUGAGGGCCUCAGACAAUGGGUCCCCGCCCCGGGCAGCUGAGAUUCCUGUCUACCUGGAGAUUGUGGACAUCAAUGACAACAACCCCAUCUUUGACCAACUCUCCUACCAGGAAGCCAUCUUUGAGGAUGUUCCUGUGGGCACAGUCAUCCUGACGGUCACUGCUACUGAUGCCGACUCAGGCAACUUCGCCCUCAUUGAGUACAGCCUUGUGGACGGCGAGGGCAAGUUUGCCAUCAGCCCCACCACAGGUGACAUCUAUGUUCUGUCCUCUCUGGACCGGGAGAAGAAGGCCCACUAUAUCCUGACUGCCUUGGCCAAAGAUAACCCUGGGGAUGUAGCCAGCAACCGUCGAGAAAAUUCGGUGCAGGUGGUAAUCCAGGUGCUGGACAUUAAUGACUGUCGGCCACAGUUCUCCAAGCCCCAGUUCAGCACGAGCGUGUAUGAGAAUGAGCCAGCGGGCACCUCCGUCAUCACCAUGAUGGCCACCGACCAGGAUGAGGGCUCCAAUGGGGAGCUGGCCUACUCCCUCGAGGGCCCGGGCGUGGAGGCCUUCCACGUGGACAUGGACUCGGGCCUGGUGACCACAAAGCGGCCACUGCAGUCCUACGAGAGGUUUAACCUGACCGUGGUGGCCACGGAUGGCGGACAGCCCCCGCUCUGGGGCACCACCAUGCUCCUGGUGGAGGUCAUCGACGUCAACGACAACCGCCCCGUCUUCGUGCGCCCACCCAACGGCACCAUCCUCCACAUCAGAGAGGAGAUCCCACUGCACUCCAACGUGUACGAGGUCUAUGCCACAGACAAGGACGAGGGCCUCAAUGGGGCCGUGCGCUACAGCUUCCUGAAGACAACAGGCAACCGGGACUGGGAGUACUUCACCAUCGACCCAAUCAGCGGGCUCAUCCAGACCGCGCAGCGCCUGGACCGAGAGAAGCAGGCAGUGUACAGCCUCAUCCUGGUGGCCAGCGACUUGGGCCAGCCGGUGCCUUAUGAGACUAUGCAGCCGCUGCAGGUGGCCCUGGAGGACAUCGAUGACAACGAACCCCUCUUCGUGAGGCCUCCGAAAGGCAGCCCCCAGUACCAGUUGAUGACAGUGCCCGAGCACUCACCACCUGGCACCCUCGUGGGCAACGUGACAGGCGCUGUGGACGCAGACGAGGGCCCCAACGCCAUCGUGUACUACUUCAUCGCAGCCGACGACGAAGAGAAGAACUUCCAGCUGCAGCCCGACGGGCGUCUGCUGGUGCUGCGGGACCUGGACCGGGAGCGCGAAGCUGUCUUCUCCUUCAUCGUCAAGGCCUCGAGCAAUCGCAGCUGGACACCUCCCCGUGGGCGCUCCCCAGCCCUGGACCUGGUCACUGACCUCACCCUGCAGGAAGUGCGUGUCGUGCUGGAGGACAUCAACGACCAGCCACCACGCUUCACCAAGGCUGAGUACACUGCAGGAGUGGCCACCGACGCUAAAGUGGGCUCAGAGUUGAUCCAGGUGCUGGCCCUGGAUGCAGAUAUUGGCAACAACAGCCUCGUCUUCUACAGCAUCCUGGCCAUCCACUACUUCCGGGCCCUUGCCAAUGACUCUGAGGAUGUGGGCCAUGUCUUCACGAUGGGGAGUGUGGACGGCAUCCUGCGCACCUUCGAUCUCUUCAUGGCCUACAGCCCUGGCUACUUUGUAGUGGACAUUGUGGCCCGGGACCUGGCAGGUCACAAUGACACAGCCAUCAUUGGCAUCUACAUCCUGAGGGAUGACCAGCGGGUCAAGAUCGUCAUUAAUGAGAUCCCCGACCGCGUGCGUGGCUUCGAGGAGGAGUUCAUCCGCCUGCUCUCCAACAUCACCGGUGCCAUCGUCAACACUGAUGACGUGCAGUUCCACGUGGACAAGAAGGGUCGGGUGAACUUCGCACAGACAGAGCUGCUUAUCCACGUGGUGAACCGCGAAACCAACCGUAUCCUGGACGUGGACCGGGUGAUCCAGAUGAUCGAUGAAAACAAGGAGCAGCUGAGGAAUCUAUUCCGGAACUACAACGUCCUAGACGUGCAGCCCGCCAUCUCUGUCCGGCUGCCCGAUGACAUGUCCGCCCUGCAGAUGGCGAUCAUCGUCCUGGCCAUUCUCCUCUUCCUGGCUGCCAUGCUCUUCAUCCUCAUGAACUGGUACUACAGGACCGUACACAAGAGGAAGCUCAAAGCCAUCGUGGCUGGCUCGGCAGGGAAUCGCGGCUUCGUCGACAUCAUGGACAUGCCCAACACCAACAAGUAUUCCUUUGACGGGGCCAACCCCGUGUGGCUGGAUCCUUUCUGCCGGAACCUGGAGCUGGCUGCCCAGGCAGAGCACGAGGAUGACCUGCCGGAGAACCUGAGUGAGAUCGCCGACCUGUGGAGCAGCCCUACCCGCACCCAUGGAACUUUUGGGCGUGAACCAGCAGCAGUCAAGCCUGAUGAUGACCGGUACCUGCGGGCGGCCAUCCAGGAGUAUGACAACAUUGCCAAGCUGGGCCAGAUCAUCCGGGAGGGGCCCAUCAAGCUGAUCCAGACUGAGCUGGAAGAGGAGCCAGGGGAGUGCAGCCCCGGCCAGGGCAGCCUGCACUUCUGCCACAAGCCGCCUACGGAGCUCAAAGGGCCAGACGGGAUCCACGUGAUGCAUGGCAGCACGGGCACACUGCUGGCCACCGACCUCAAUAGCCUGCCCGAAGAUGACCAGAAGGGCCUGGGCCGCUCACUGGAGACGCUGACCACCGCCGAGGCCAGCGCCUUCGAGCGCAACGCCCGCACCGAGUCCGCCAAAUCCACGCCCCUGCACAAGCUUCGCGACGUGAUCAUGGAGAGCCCCCUGGAGAUCACAGAGCUAUGACUAGAUGGGGGGAGCCCGACGGGUAUGAGCAGCCCAACCCCACCCCUCCCGGGGCAAAAGCAGGGGCAGGACCUCCGGGCGGGGGGAGGGGCCCUCCCCAGGCAGCUCUGGGCGUGCAGCCUUGGGUUGGCCCAGCAGCAGGGCCCACGUCAGCUGCUCAGAUUCCGCUUUUGCCAGACGCUCAUUCGGCAUCUGAUCUCUACCUUCAUAAAAUUUGUUAUUUUUUUAAGAAAACCAAACAGAAAUGGUGAGUAUCUAAGAACGAGGUAAGGAGGGUCACCGAGAGCCCAGGAGUCUGAGGAUCAUCUCAGCCCAGGCUGAGCUGAAAGAGGCCAAGCCGGCCCUCUUCCCCUCCCACCCCACCUCACGGCACAGGAGUCCAGCACCGGGGAGGGAGCCCAGAGCAGGCAUACCCUGCCUGGCCUUGACUCUCUGACUCCAGUUCAAGUCCCAGUGCGUUUCUGCCACAUCCCUGGCCAGACAUCCAGGUGGGGGCAGUGAGUAAUCCCUGCUUCCCCACACAGACGUGGUCAAUGUCAGCCAACGGCAUUCUCUCCAUUUCACUGGCUUUCCAAACGUGCCGGGCUCAUAAAACAACUGAUGUUCCCUUGGGUUUUGAAUAUAGCGUGUUCGUGUGUAUUCCUUUUUUAAAUUAAGUUAUUCCCUCCAUAUUCUCCCCUUGGUUUUGUUCAACUGAUACGCACUGAACGUUUCUGGAAUGGUCUGAAUUUAAAAAAAAAAAAAAA